UGAAGUUGUCGCUAUCACAAACAGUAGUUGACAGAUCUUAUUUUCGGACUCAUGUACUGUGAGUCACGAUUUGCAUUUUGUAUUCACCGCAAGUGAGAGCGUUGAACCUGAAGCGCUGACAUUGUGAAGUCAUGAAAGGCAUAUCGUCUAAGAUACGUAUAUAUCUCUCGCACAACGCGACUGAACAGCGGUUGCGAUGAAAUGCAUUGUGCGUGCCCAGUCCAUAUCGGUUUCGAUGUCGUGUCUCAUUAAGUACGUCUUCCCUUGUCCUGUUCCUUGCACAAGGUCGCAAAGGAGUGCCUAAUUUGCCCCCCUUAGCCUUGGAAAGUUGCACAGACAUUCGAGUCACAAGUAGUCGUGAGAGAUGAUCAAACUCCUCUGUCCAUAUUUCUUGGGUCAUCACUAACCCAUACAGCUUUCUAAUUGACCUGCCCUCACGCAUACAUAGGUCCUCGAGUCGAGAUGCCAUCACUCUUGAGGAACACUCUCGAUCACGCCUUCGUGCGUAGUAAGCGCCCCGGAGAUGUCAAGGUCCACAGGGAGAAAGAGUCAUCUCGAGGAUCAGCCUCGUCCUUGGCACCACACGAACGUAUCCUGCACUACGUUGGCAAAGGACGUACAUAUGUCUGCCGAUGUACGAACCCUAGGCGGCAUUCCGUGCGUAUCUCCUGCGUGGCUUUCGAAUCGAGGCAUCUGAGUGCAGAUCUUACGCUGUAUCUAGAACGCCAUGAUCUUCAAUCAUGCGCCGUUGCCGACUUACAAGAUUACCACGAAUGGCAAGACGCCAAGUGGGAGGUAGAAGAGGUCUACGCUGACGAGUUUCAUUAUGCCAAUCGAAACAAGGACGUUGUGUGUCGCUGCUUACAGCCAUGGAGCCAUGACUAUGGCACCCCUCGGCAUCCCGAGAUCAUCGAGCGAUGCGCGGAGUUCUUCUGCGCACACACCGGCGAGCUCACGGCUACCAAGAAGCAGUGGAAAUCCUUCGACAACAGCUCACCCCCUCCGUACUCAUUCAUUGUACGAGACCAGCCUGGUCACCCGAGAACGUACCAAGACAGCGGGAAGAAACAUCGACCAACAAUAUCGCCAGAGGUGAAAGUGCGGGACAAAAUCGAGCGUAAAGCUUCGGUCAUGCCAGAACAUCGUGGUCAUGUCUCAAUACAAGAAGCAACACCAGAACGUGAGCCAGGAAUGCUCUCUCAAGCGUGGCAGACCGCCCAUCCAUCACUUUCGAAGGCUCGACCCGGUGCAGAAUCGGCUUACAGCACACCGAUGGGCACCGUACCACCUUCAAGGUCGGCAAGUCCUUCAGUAGCACUGAACAUGACCCAGUGUGCUUCUUCGUCUGCCUCCUCGUCCCAGUCUCAAGGCGAGGCAGAUACAGCUGAUGAUUAUGGUACCACAACCCGCCGUGAACCUCUGCCGUUCGACAAUGGUCUGUGGUACCGAGAUCGUCUCCACUAUGAGAAGUAUGGAGAUAUGGCCAGCCAAAUUUCGGUGGAGGAGCUUUUCGCUCGUAGUUUGCCAGUCGAACUUCCAGGUUUCGGCCGCGAUGAAGGAAAUCAGACUCCGGUUGCAGAACUCACAGAUUGUAGAUCGCCGGUGGAACUUCCGGCUACACCCGUACGCCGACGACACACUGCAACGCUGAAAAAGCUCAAGGGACGGGAAUGGGACACAGCUUCGGAAUUGGAAGCCAAGCACUCGAGACUCCGGCACGAACAAACCAUCAAUGGUACGUUCGAUUACGCACGUAAGACCGCAAGACUGAGCUCACCCUUUGAGUAGAAUCUUCAUACCGCGACAUUCUUACUGCCCUACCAAGAGGAGUUUCUUCUUCGCCAUGCUGUAGCGCAUUCCCCUAUAGACCUUGCACGUGCUGAGCAAUGCCAGCUGUGCGGUCACCAUUCUCGGCAUGCACGAAAACGACUUGGUAUGCUGCCGGAUUGUGGUUGCGUUAUACGUGGAACAUAUUUCCUGUAGAGAUUGCGCAAGCUUGACCAGCAGUUCGGCAGAUGUCCAGUCUGUGGCAUAGCAAUG